CUGUGAGGUAGAUGAAAGCGUCACGAUCAAGGGAUCGUCUAUUCUUUAUUGGACGUUCUUGACGUGAGAUCUUUGACUUCCGAAAAACUCGUGGGGGUGGGCCUCGACAGACUUGGGUUCGGAUCAGGUAGUAUAUAUCGCUCUAGUGAUUUCGCGUCACGUAAUAGGACGAAUACCGCAACGAUUGUGUCGUAGCCCUGAGACAGAGCAAGGAAAAUAGUCCGAGGGGCUGGAGCACCCCGGUAUAUGUUUCGAAGCGAGCAGGCACUUGACGAGAGCAGGCACACCAGGGGUGCAGAUCACAUCAGUCGGGUAGCUUCGAGGGAGAAGAAGAGCAGAUCGGUCCUCGUUGCAAGCAACGGCACGACCAGAUCCGACACAACGUAUACGGCACACCUCGCGGGCGAAUCCAUCGUAGACAUGUCGAAGAAGCGUCAACAUGCAUGCCGAGCGGUGCCCUCUCACAGCGCAUGUGUCGAGUUCAUCGCAAUACGAAGCGCUUGUUGUCGCAGACAGAAAUCAUGUCAAUGUCACCUACCGUUGGAGACAAUCGCCAGGAGCGUACGGACCGUUUGGGUACUGUCUGUCAUUUCCUACCGGUAUCAACGGAGCGUCCGACUCUGCGAGAUCCCGCGCUCCCGGACUUCGAUCAGCGAUGAAAGCGGAUCACGAUGUCUGACACAUGCGGGCCGGCCGCAAAACGGCAUGUCAAGGUCAGAUUGCAAGGCAACUCAGGAACCCCAGGUCUGAGACGAAAACGUGAAAUGAUUCAGAGCCUAAAGUAGUGAGAAGUCCUUGAAAUGGCUCAGUCUCAAGCAGUUGGAUGUGUUUUCCUGAAAUGAAUUCUGAAGUAUCUGUGAGUUUGUAUCAUAUAUUUCAGUUCAUCCCACUUCGCGGAUGAGGAUGUUCGCAAAGCUCUGCAGAAGAUCGUGAGUACAGUGAUGCUUCACGAAGCCGGCGCUCGUUAUACC